AGUGUUUCGAAGAUCAAGCUAUAUGGCUGUGGUUUUAAACAGGGCACAGCUGCCCAAACUGCUAAAUCGUUUGGAGAAAUCGUUACCGUGGUCUCUAAAGGUGCAUAGUGAUCUUAAGGCAGUGCUCUCGGGAAAAUGGCCUGGUAUAGAUUUUGUCGUCGAUCAGUGGCCUGAUUUUAAAGUUGUCAUUACGAAGCCAGAUCCCUCGAAAACGAAGUGCCAGUACGUAAACGCUUUGUGCAGCGUCUUCUGUCAGGAUGAAACAGCAUUCAAGAUGAUGUUGGAACAACCCAUUGCUCUAAACUGGUCUCGACGAAUACUGUUUGAAGUAAUCGACAUACAGUUGUUGGACAUUGUAAAAGAGAAGGGCAGAAGAGUUGGCUCUCGGGUUCACGGAGAAGAAGGUUCCAGCCAAAUUCUGCAAGUUACUUCUGAUUCUCUGGUCGUUGUACCAGUUCCUGAACAUCUGAACAUGAAAUCGUUAGAGUCUCGUAAUGAGGUGGUAGAAACCAUCACAGUCAACUGGCCAUACACAUCUCCUGGUAUUCCCGGUCUCGUAAAACAAUUGUUAGAUUCCUUCCCCUCUCGGUGCCUGGUGGACAAGGAAGAUAACCUCAUUGGCUACGCAUUGGGACAGUCUUGGGGUUCGCUGGGGAUGUUGUUUGUUAGACCGGAGUACAGGGGACGAGGGUAUGGCAGGGUGAUCAUAUCUCAGCUGGCAAAUGUUUACGUCACCAACGGACAAAGUCCUGUUGUUUGUAUUGAUGAGAGUAACCCGGCUUCAAAAAGGUUGCACGAGAAACUUGGAUUCAGGCUAAUUCCCGAACUGUGUGUGUCAUGGUUGACUAUGGUUCCGGUUUAAGGUGUUUUUGUCCAAGAUCUGUUUGAGUGGACAUCCAGCUGAUCUCAGACUGAAGAAUGUUAAAUAUUUCACACGUAGAGACUUGAAAUGAGUGAGCCAUCUAUAUCAUGGAUGGUUAAGAUCUGUUUUCAGAGUGGAUAUCCAGUUGAACUCCAAUUGAAGAAUUUUAAAUAUUUCACACGUAGAGACUUUUUUCUUUCUUUAAAUCUUGAAUUUUUAUGUUGAUGUUGAUCAUCACUUUGUUUGCAUUACCACAGUUUGACACCCAAUAGCCGAUGUAUUUUUCGUGCUGGGGUGUCGUUAAACAUUCAUUGAUUCAUUCAUUCAUUAUUUUAAAAGUAAGAUGCCUACCGGUCGACUACUAUAUAAUGUUUCAGUGGGCCGUGAUACUGCAAAGCAAACAUGUAUGACAUUGCAAGUUUAUUCGAGGACAACGUACAGCUCUAAAGUUUAUAUUUAGAUCCAAUAUUUGUCUCUUUGUAUCUACAGUAUUUUAUAUUUUACCAACUCAUUCUGUAUGGCUCAUGUUUGUUCUGUAUGGUUCGUUUUUCAUCGCACUAUAUAAUUCAUAUUUGAGUUUAAAAUGUAGAUCUGUCUGAUUAUAUCAUCUAAUGACUAAAUAAUUAAGUGUUUAUAACAGAGAGCUCGAACACGUGUAUACUAAGCAAGUGGACAUGUUUUGGCUUUUUUGACAUACAUAUCUUAUGUACGAUAGAUAACUAGUACUACUCAGGUCUUCAUUUUGACCUCAUUUGUAUACCACUUAUUGUAAGCAUAAGCGUACGAGACAGGGGGCGGGGGUAGUUGUUCCGCCCACCUAAAUCUGGAGCAAACCCUCAAAUUCGGGCAAAAAUUAUAGAGAUAUUAGAGUAAAAUGUGCUAACUUGAGACAUUUUCACCAUAUAUUUCCAUAAUUCUACUCAAAAUUAGUUAUAAUCCAUGUAAAAUGCGUAGU